AUGCGUCUACUGCAUACACACACCCUCCAAUUCAGUGAACAUGUGUCUCCGUACGAAGCGCCUGGCUAUAUCAUCGCAUCUCAUCGCUGGCUCGACGAUGAGGUCAGCUAUCAGGAGUUCGUCAAGAAUCGCACCAAUACAGAUCCCACGAAGCAGAGAAAGGCCGGCAUGGACAAGGUCCUACGAUUUUGCGAAUACAUCAAUCAGUGGAGAUCGCAGCCGCCAGGAACAAACAUUCCGCAUUACAUCUGGAUUGACACGAUUUGCAUUAACAAAGAUAGCUCCGCCGAGUUACAGGARGCCAUCACCUCCAUGUUUGAGUGGUAUGCGCAGGCGUGGUGCUGUCUGGUUUGGAUGCACGAUGUAAGCGUUGACGCGGCACCGCUUGAUGUGUUAAAAUCCUUCUGCGUCAGUGUUUGGUUUACUCGUGGUUGGACCUUGCAGGAACUCCUGGCGCCCAAGACUGUCAUCUUUCUGGAUGAACAAUGGCGGCAUCUGGGCCACAAGUCUUCUACUGUGGGAUUAAUGGAGCCGGACUCGCAAGCGCCCAUUCCUUUUGGGCGUCUGGGUUGGCCGCUUAAUAAAUGGAUCUCAAAGGCUACUGGGAUUGACAAACGUAUUCUUUGGGACUACCGCAAUGCUGGAAAUACGAGCAUUGAGGAACGCCAAUCAUGGAUGAACAAACGUCAAACAACAAGACGUGAGGACCGGGCAUACUGUAUGCUCGGCAUCUGUGAGAUCUUCAUGCCCCUCAACUAUGGCGAAGGAUCCAACGCAGAUAAAAGAUUGGAGAGGAAGAUCUUGAAGAAAGGUGCGCAGGCUCACCGACAGCCACUGUCACCGAUUGAAACGUCACAACAACUCCCAGCGACCGUCUUUCGUUGGCAGCCUCCGAAUGUUACAAAGAACAAUUCAGCUCCACAAAUUGCUUCUGAAAUCACCAUGAGCUUAGAAGGACCACAAGUUCUCAUGCUCCUCGACUUCUGGCUUUCACAGCCUGGGCAAACCGAAUUCCAGGCAAGCAACUGGGCGAAAAAUUUGCAACAAUUCGAAGACCUCAAAAAGUACAUCCAACAAGACAGGAUGCGACGAUUCGAGCUGAAAAUACCGCGUUCUGGCGAGAUAGCUGGAUCCUACAUCACGAAACGCGAGCCCAACGGAGCAAUGCUUCCAAUCCCUGGCACCGCGGAGUGGGAAAAGAUGAUCUUCCAAGCCCUCGCCAACUUCUUCCAGGGAUCUGACGAGAGCACUAUUGGAGAACCUGGUCAAGAACGCCGCAUUGCAGCAGAGCAACUCGUUCCUACUCCCGAUCAACUAGAACUUCUCAAACACGUGGUCGCAGGAGAUCCCGCGAAAAGAUACUCCCUUCGCGUAGAGAACCCACUCGAGGGGGAGGGCGAAUUGAGCAAACUUUUCAUCUACCUACGUUGCAGCGAACCAGAUCCGACACGCCUGAAGCUGAUUUCUGACUUACUCUUUAGUGUAAUCGAGAGCGUUGAUCGCAUGGGAUCGGUCGACAUGGCGAGCAUAUUGAACCAGCGCGACUUCCAACGGAACAAUAUCACAUUCGCGGAACUCAUCCAUUGUUUGCGAAAUAGUUCGGUAUAUCUAUACAACGUCCGCCCUCGCUUACCACAACAUGGCGACGAUUCUCCUGGACAGUUUCAUAUAGGGUUUCAAACCAGACGCUCUUACGAUUUGGAUGAUACUCCUCGACUCCACGACGAUGGUGUCAAGACUGCUAAAUCGGAUCCUUCGACGUGGGAAUUCUGGGGUGGAGAACAGAAGUCCAAAAGCAGCAAGAAUAAAAAGUAG